AUGGCGACACCGGAUGGCAACACGGCACGCCACUUUCAAUCACUUUUCGCCCAACUCCGUCCGCUGCCAAGAAUCCGACCUUUACCACACCAGUUCGUCCGCGCCGUCGGUCGUACACUAUCUUUCACACCAUCUAACGCCAUCUUGCAACUACCCACCAUUGCGACUCCGUUUGCGCCGGCUCUACUUGGCGGCCCUUGGCGGUUCUUGUCCUACGACUCAACGACGUUGGAUCAGCUCCGACGUGGGAUGACCGAAGCUGGGCCCAGGCAUUCUAGACCCCAGAAAAUCCCCCUUAACCCCAUCAUCCCACAUCGCCGUCAAUUGACCACUCACGGCCCCGAAGCCUGCAGCCCGCAACCCGAGGACACAGGAUCGCAGCUCGCACUACCAAACCACCCAUCACACACAGACCAGAACGAGGGGACGAGAGACAUUACAUCGCACACAUGGAGGGGUUGCGUCGACGAUCCAAGCGCAAUGCUGGUCCCUUCUGUCGGUUUUCCUCAUCUGUGCUGUCUGUCGCCCAUCACCCCGCGCUCGGCGCCCGUAUAUGCGCACGAGGCAUCCGAGAUCGAAUUAUCGCUCCCGGCGGCUAGUGUACUCCCCCUUCCUCAUCCGAACUGCUUCAAACCGACGUCCUCCCCAACGCCGAGCUCAAGUUUCCAAUUGUUGUCAUUCUUGUUCACCAAGUGCAACAUUGUGUGGUCUGACACGGUCACAAUCUUCUCGGUGGGGUCGCCAAGCGCUUGGCUUCUCGCGACCGCGCAAGAUGGUGUGGACCGGGCCAAGUGA